AUGGUCAACCCUACUGUGUUCUUCGACAUCACCGUCGAUGGCGAGCCCUUGGGCAGCGUCUCCUUCGAGCUGUUUGCAGACAAGUUUCCAAAGACAGAAGAAAACUUUCAUCUUCUCAGCACUGGAGAGAAAGGAUUUGGUUAUAAAAGUUCCUGCUUUCACAGAAUUAUUCCAGGGUUUAUGUGUCGGGGUGAUGACUUUACAUGCCAUAAUAGCACUGGUGGCAAGUCCGUCUAUGGGGAGAAAUUUGAUGACGAGAACUUCGUCCUGAAGCAUACAGAUCCUGGCAUCUUGUCCAGGGCAAAUGCUGGACCCAGUACAAAUGGUUCCCAGUGUUUUACCUGCACUGCUAAGACCGAGUGGUUCGACAAGGUGAAAGAACGCAUGAUUAUUGUGGAGGCCAUGGGGCGCUUUGAGGGGAAUGGGAAGACCAGCAAGAAGAUCGCUGUUGCUGACUGUGGGCUACUCUAA